AUGGGCGCUGCUGGUCGCCCAGAAUCAGCCAUGACACACACAACAUCAGCUGCAGUUCGCCAAUCAGUGGUCUCAUGUCUAGUCUGUCGCUCCCGGAAGGUCAAAUGUGACGGGGCCGUUCCGGGCUGUCAGAACUGCCAGACCCUGGGUAUUGAUUGCCCCGGGUAUAGCAGACUUCCAGAAGCCCAGAAGAGGUUGGAGGCGGAUAACCUCGAGAACGUGUACCGUGCCUCGGGCGUCGAGAAACGAAGAGUCGGUUCGUGUGAAGCUUGUAAAAGGGCCAAAGGCCGCUGUGAUAAGGUUCGACCAACCUGUUCACGAUGUCUACAGAAAGGUCUCGUUUGUCGGUAUCCGCAGAAACAGAGAGGCAGUGCACCUACCCGAUCAAACGCAUCAGAAGAAAGUCCUGAAAAUGGGCGGCUGGUGACUGAUGCCACUGACGUCUCCCCUGGUACAGCCUUUGAGCCCCAAUCCUCACUGUCUCCACUAGCACCAAGUCCCCGGGUACAGAACAGGUCUCUUCCAUGGGACACCCAAAUGCUCAGGACAUUGAGAAGCGUGUAUUUUAACAGAGUGGCCACUCUCAGAUGCCUCGACUUUCUUCAUAAGCCUUCGUUCAAUCAUUCACUUGACAAGGGCUCUUUAGUCGAGGAUUAUGGGGAGGCAAUCCUCUACGUGAUAUGCGCACAUGGACUCCGCAUAAAAGAACUCGAAGGCAGUGCAGGUCCCGAUGGGCAAGCCAUGCAUGAUGAUGUACCAGGGCGACUGUGGGCUGAGGAAUCACAGGCGAUGGUAAUGAGAGAGAUCAGCAAACCAACACUGAUAACAGCAAUGACCCUUGUUCUGCUCUGUGAUUUUGCUCUCCAAACCGGUCAAGAUGCACUGGCCUUUAUGCUCUGCGGAUGCUGUCACAGUGCAGCUCGACUUCUCGCGCUGGAUCGACCGCUGCUGCCGAGCAAUACCGGAGAAAGCUCCAAGGAUAGUAUUUUGGCAGAAUCCCAAAGACGAGUUCUCUGGUCAUGCUUCAUCCUGGAUAGCAUCGUGGGAAGCGGUGUCAAUGAGAACCUGAGAUGGAGAGAUGGGCCACCUCAGAUUCCUCUUCCGAGUUCAGACCAAACGUUUCUCUCUCAAAUCUCGAGUGCUGAGGCGCCAUUGUUCUUGCCUCGACGCUCUGACGUUUUCCCCUCCAGUGAGGAUUUGCAGAAGUACAAUAUACGUUCUAACCUCGUUUAUCUGAUGAGCAUAAGAACCAGAGUCCUGAGGCUGAUUCGUACCACUCCAGACGCUGGGCAUAUCUCAGAUCCUCAAUCGCUAUUCAUGCAGCUGCUUCAAGCACUGGAAGCUUGGGGCAAUAGCAUCUCAACACAGCUUCGGCUAACAGAGUUCAGCAUAUACGUACACAAAGAGCUUAACACUUUAGAGUCUCUCUUCUAUCUUCAUCUCUCCUAUCAUAUUCUAAUUUGCGAUCUAACGCGUAUAUCGAUCCCUGGCUUCGCAUUCCCUCUCGCUACGGCAUUCCAGACAGCUCCUGGGCCAUUCAUUUCGCAUUGUCGAGACGUCUGUUGGCAUCAUGCUACCCAGGUAACCAGGAUCUUGCGAAUGAUGGCUCAACAUCUGAAUCCUUUGUUCUCUGAAUCUACAACCUAUGCUGCUACAUAUGAGGCGACCAAGAUCAUGAUUGUGUAUAGUGCCUUGCUGGGUGAGCAGGAGGCUGAUACACGGAUGCAGCUCAAAGAAGACAUCGUAUUUAAUAUGAGGGUCCUUAGUGAGCAGACUCGCGGGACUCUCCCGUCACGAGCAUGCCGCGCCCUGACACGUCUCCUCCAUCGAUUCGGUUUCAACGAUAUUGCCAGCUCGAGCCGUGUUACUCCGCCUUUACGAACCGAAGAUGAUGCAGGAGAAGUCAGCGGUCCUCCCGAAGCCUUCUACCUGUCCGACCUUGCUCCUUUUCGCCGUGCGUACGACGACGUCAAUCAGAAUAGAGACAGACGUGAGAGUGCAGCUGGAUCGCUGGCUAGAUCGUCUCGAAACCUAACUCAGGAAGCGCCUGUUCUGAGACCUUGGAAUCCGCAAGUAGCUCAGCCACUGGUUUCUUCAGCGAUGGCCAGCAAUCAGGUCGUUCCCUUGGGAGAUUGGACUCAGGUCGCCGGGGAUAUGUCGAACGAAAUCACCUGGGACUUAUUCUCCCUGCCAGAUUGGGUGUUCGAGCAGCAUGAGAUGGACUUUGGUGCAUGA